AAUCCCCGGCCCUUUUCACAUAUUUACUUGUUGUGCAGUGCUGGGGAUGGAACCCAGGGCCUUGUGUGUGCAGGCAAGCCACUACCAUCCAGCCCACAGUGUGGGUCGUUAUGGAUGAGCAGAGAGUGAGGCUCUGCCUGUCUGUGUAGUGUCUGGGCCUGAAUGAAUCUGUGGGACCCUCUGAAGCAGAGGGAGAGACAGAGUGAGAAAGAAUGCGUGCGUGCGUGCGUGCGUGCGUGCGUGCGUGCGUGCGUGUGUGUGUGUGUGUGUGUGUGUGUGUGUGUAGCUGUCUGGUUGUGUCUCUGUUCCUGUGGGUUUUCUUCCUGAUGAGCCGGGCUUCCUGGAAUGUCCGAGUCACCAGGAAUGGGUGCCAACAUUGGGCUCCCGGCCUUUGAGCCUCGCCUGCCACCCCCCCGAAGGGAGGAGGUGGCCCUGGUCUGGUCUGGUGGGGCUGGGCCAGUGCUUUGGUGGACCCCGGGCCAACCCUUUCCUGGAGGAUGAAAAUGCCGGAAGCUGAGCUUCGUGGUCACAGUCCGUGGGAGAGUAGACAGGCCAGGCCCUCGGCUGUGGGAGGGGCAGGUGGCCUGCUUGGCACCCCCGGCCGACCGCCCGCUGGUCCUCUCCUCUCCUGUGUGUUUCCUGCUGCCUGCCUGGGCUCCACUGGCCAAAAGCCCAGAGGGCAGGAUGGUGGGGAUGAGGGUUCUCCAAAGGGUCAGGAUUAGCCCAGAUGUCUGGAUCUGGCUGAGGAGUGAGUUUGAUUUUUUUGUGUUUUGAGACAGGGUCUCACUAUGUAGCCCAGGCUGGCCUCAAACUGCAGGUGAUCCUCCUGCCUCAGCCUCUGGAGUGCUGGGAUUACAGGCGUGCAUGACCAUGCCAGGCUCUGGCUUGUGACUUGGCCCUGGGCUGUGGGGUCUGAAGCAGAGGCCAAGUACAUCAGGGAGCACCUGGAGUGAACAGGUUGGGGCCAGGCACCCCAGUUCCUGCUAGCUCAGGCCCUCUCUGCCCAACCUGGGGCCAGGUUCCCUCCAAGGCCCUGGGCCAGCCCUGGAUGUCUCUGCCUCCAUCCUCUGGAGACACUCAGAGAACACAAGAGAGACGACAGGGUCAGUGGCGGACGGGAGGAUGGAGAGACAGCAGAGGUCCCCGGAGGAGGAGGGGCUGCCCACUAAUAGAAACCAGUUAGGAAAACAGGAGGCGUGGCCAGGCAGGGCCCAGCAGUUUUGAGGAUGCGGGCGGGGCCUGUUUUUCCAGAAUGAAGGCCCAGGGAGGAGCAGGGCUGGAGCCAAGCUCAGGCCGAUUCCAGUUUGGGAAGGGGCUCAUCCAGGCCUAGGUCCAUCGGGCCCGGGGCUUCUCUGUCCUUGUGGCUGGUCCUCCCUGUGUCUCCUGUACCCUCCCCAUGCAGCAGUGGGUGGAGAUGGGAGACUUAUCUGAGGACCUGGGGACAUGGUAGGGUUCAAGGACACGACCCCUGGCCCCCAGGGAUUGGGCUGUGGUUUUUGUGGCCUUUCCGAUUUUCCCUUUUUCUCUUUGUCUUGAGGUUUGCCUAAGGAGCAGGAGUGGGUUUGGUGCACAGUGCUUGGUCUGUUAUUUCGAGUUUGUUUAUGUGACUUUGUAAGUUUUCCAAGAGCUUUUAAAUUUGUGCCUUCUGUGGGAAGGAGCCUCCCCUCGCUGCCUCCCUAGGGUCUCCCAGGAGCAUGGUAACCUCCAUUUGGUUUCAGGGAUACCAGGUGGGCCCUGACAGGUGGGUGCCCUGGUGGCCCGGCCACCCAUCCCUCCGGCCUCACCCUAGGGUCCCUGCUGUGGCGCUGGGUCCUAGAGGCCGUCUGUGGUCAGCAGUGCUCAUCUCAUCCUAAGUGAGCCCAUGGCCCCCAGAGGAGGGCAUGCAAGGUCAUCCCAAUCUGACAGGGAGGGAACAGGGUGAGCAGGCAGGAAGCAGCUGGGCUCCUGGGGUCUUGGGUACCAGGGUGCCUUUAAGAGGGGAGAACCCCUCAACCCCAGCUCUGGCAGCUGCUCACAUAGGGGAUGCCAGAGUGGGGGCGUGGGCCCUCAGCCUGGAACCCUGCAGGGCAGGAAGGAUGCACCACGGCCCCAGGCUCCGCGCCCUCAGGCUGCCCUCGCGCCCCUCCAGGGGCUGACCCGUGGGCCUGGCCUGGGCCUCUGCUGCUCCUCCCCACCAGCCAGCCCUGGACAGGGAGGCCAAGGAGUGGGCGGGCACAGACUGAGCCGGGACUCUGAUGUCACAGCGGUGCCGGAGGGGGAGGGCUCGUCUGUUUUUCUGGAGAGUUAGAGUCAGAGCAGACAAAGCGAGGGGCCAGCAGCAGACGCCAUGGAGCUGUGGUCCCGAGUCCUGCUGUGGGAACUUGUGCUUCUACAGAGCUCCACUGUCCAUCUGUUCUCAGGGCCCUGGGGGCCUGCGACCAGCGACAGCUCAGUGGUGUCCGAGUCUGCCGUGACCGGGGAGGCGGGCAGCCAGGCGGUACUGCGCUGCCAGAGCCCGCGCAUGGUGUGGACGCAGGACCGACUGCACGACCGCCAGCGCGUUGUGCACUGGGACCUGGGUGGCCGUCCUGGCCCCGCACGCCGGCUUGUGGACAUGUACUCGGCUGGCGAGGUGCGCGUGUACGAGCCCCGGGACCGCGGCCGCCUGGUGCUGUCGCCCUCUGCCUUCCAAGACGGCAACUUCUCCCUGCUCAUCCGCGCCGUGGAAGACAGUGAUGCGGGCCUGUACACCUGCAACCUGCACCACCACUACUGCCACCUGUACGAGAGCCUGGCCGUGCGCCUGGAGGUCACCGACCACCCCCGGGCCGCGCGCGCGCACUGGGACAAUGAGAAGGAGGUGCUGACAGCGGCGCGAGGCACGGCCGCCCUGCUGACCUGCGUGAACCGCGCGGCCGUGUGGACCGAGCGGCACCUGGAGGAGGCGCAGCAGGUGGUGCACUGGGACCGGCAGCCGCCUGGGGUCCCGCACGACCGCGCAGACCGCCUGCUGGACCUGUAUGCAUCCGGCGAGCGCCGCGCCUAUGCGCCGCCCUUCCUGCGCGACCGCGUGGCCGUGGGCGCCGACGCCUUCGCGCGCGGGGACUUUUCGCUGCGCAUCGACCCCCUGGAGCCGGCCGAUGAGGGCACCUACUCCUGCCACCUGCACCACCACUACUGCGGCCUGCACGAGCGCCGCGUCUUCCACCUGCGCGUGGCCGAGCCCGCCGCCCUCCCGUCGCGCCCGCGCACGCCUCCAGGCCCCAGCCCAGACCCCACGCUGGCGCGAGGCCGCAGCGUUGUCAAUGUCAUCGUCCCCGAGGGCCGAGCGCACUUCUUCCAGCAGCUGGGCUACGUGCUGGCCACGCUGCUUCUCUUCAUCUUGCUGCUAAUCACGGUGGUCCUGGCCGCCCGCCAGCGCCGCCAAGGGGGUGAGGCCGGCUACCCGGGCGGGCGGGCGCGGACGCGGGCACCGGAGCCCUUGACACCCUCACCCUCCGCAGGCGACGACCACGCGGACCAGAAGUCUGCGAAGGCCAAAGGCAAAGACUUGAACCUGGCCGAGUUUGCAGUGGCCACAGGGGACCAGUCUUCCUACAAGAGCGAGAAUCUCCAGCUAGAUUACAAAAACAACAUCCUGAAGGAGAGGGUUGAACUGGCCCACAGCUCCCUGCCUGCCAAGAACAUCGACCUGGACAAAGAGUUCAGGAAGGAGUACUGCAAAUAGAGGGAUGCUGGGCUCCUGGCUGGGCCAGCAGCUCUGCCCGAGGACUGUGGAUGUCCCCAGGCCCUCAGUCGGCUCACUGACUUCCUCCUGGCGGCUGGUCCCGCAUUCCUGAUGAAGUUGGCCCCGGGCUGGCUGGCACAGAGUGGCUGGGGAACCACCUUUGUUCUCAAGAAGCUACUGUAGGCUUCUGGGGACUCUGCCGAAGCUUGGCUACCACCUUUCAACCCCUCUUGCCAACUGGUGGCCCUACCCCCACAACACAUCCCAGAUCCCACUGAUGCCCUUCAAGCCCUCAGGCCCUCUUGGUCCCUGUCUGCUGGGGAGGAAGACACCCCAGAGGGGACUCAAUCAGCUCUCAGCAGACUCGGGCAGCUGGGGUCAGCCUCAGGGCUGGCACCUCACACCUCUGGGGGAGCCUGCGUGGCCUUUCCAGACUGCACCAGGCACCCACAUGUUACUCAGAGCCCCACCCAGCUGCCAUCUUCCUAUGGGGAGACUGAGGACUCCUGCAGUCCACUGCUUUGGGCCACGAGGGGCUGCCAUGGCCCUGUGCUUCCAACCCUUCUCCAGCUGUUUUCCAUGAGCCGCCUUGACAUCACUGGGCUCAAAGUGACUUCUGACACUCAGACCUCUCUCUGGGCGGGAGUCUUGGGCAGGGGCUGCAUUUGGCUUCUGUUGUGGCUGAGAAGGGGUGGGGGAUGACAACGGGUGUGGGUGGCACGCUGACACCCCAUGAGCGCACCUGCGGGGGGAACUGGUGAAACAAUAAAGGCCACAUCUGAUUUUUAGACUUGA